AUGCGUAGCACAUACUUCUUUACUCUACUUGCCGCUAUCCCAGCCGCCAUGGCGACUUCAAUCGAGCCAAGAGGACCAGGCACCACUGCCUUUAUCCCUUCAUGGGAGUUCGAGCCGUUGCCAGGCGGAAAAGUCCACAUCAAUGGCACAGUCGAGGAAGCCCUCGCCCAGCUGAAGCAGAUGAAUCCCAAUUACGAACCUCCAAACCCCGCACCUAGAACCUCUACUCGUUCCGUGUUUGCUUCGCUCCGAAGACGACAGCAAACCAUCAUCACCAAGGACAACGUGAUCUGCAACAACUCUCCGCCCACCAACCACUUCCCCGUGGUCGCAGAGGGAGUGAAACAUCUACGGAGCGUAAAGGGCCAGCCCCAGGCUAGCGGCGGCCCGGCGAACUGUGGUCGCGUCAGCUGCAGCUACGGCACGGCCAUCUGGUUUUGCAACGAUAAUACACACGCCAUCACUCUCAACAGUUUCAAGGAUAUUGCAUCGAUGACGGCUCAUAUUUCUAAGUUUUGCGCUCCGAACUGGACAACGCCAUUCAGCGGCCAAGCAUUCCACCCCACGGCCAACUGGAACGUAGUUAUUCACAGGUCUGGCUGCUAG